AUGACUAUUCCUGAUGUUGAUAAGAAUCCAUUAGGUGAAAGAAUAUGUAAAGUUCUCACUAGUAAAGGAUAGAUUCAGAAUGGAGUGGCGUAGAUGGACAAAAAUAUGAUUGACUUUAAAGAGUUUGUGAGGGCACUAUCGGUUUUCAACAAAUAGGAAUAGAAUGCGAGUGCAAGUAGUGAAGAUGAAAAAAUUAGAUUUCUUUUCAAUGUUUAUGACAUCGAUGGGGAUGGAUUGAUUAGUCAAGAUGAGCUUAAAGUAGUACUAAAAUAACUAGUUGCGAAUUCUUUGACAGACACAUAACUUUAAUAAAUUGUAGAGAAAACUAUUCUAGAUCUAGAUUAGGAUGGUGAUGGUAAGCUGUAAUUUUCAGAGUUCAAGAAAAUAUUUCAAAAUCAAGAUCUAUGA